AAAGUCCAUCAUGAAAGCCAUGGUGCCUCUGCUGCAGAUUGGCAUGCUGCUCUUCUUCGCUAUACUCAUGUUCGCCAUCAUCGGCCUGGACUUUUACAUGGGCAAGUUCCACCGGACCUGCUUCAGGACUGAUACAGGUGAGCAGGCAGCAGAGUUCCCCUGUGGUUUGGAGGCUCCAGCGAGGACCUGUGAAAAUGGAACUGUGUGUCAGGAAUACUGGAUUGGCCCCAACUACGGCAUUACCAACUUUGACAACAUCCUCUUUGCUAUUCUGACCGUCUUCCAGUGCAUCACCAUGGAGGGAUGGGUGGACAUCCUCUAUAACGCCAACGAUGCCUCAGGGAACACCUGGAACUGGAUCUAUUUCAUCCCCCUCAUCAUCAUCGGAUCCUUCUUCAUGCUCAACCUGGUCCUGGGAGUCCUGUCUGGGGAGUUUGCCAAGGAGCGUGAGCGUGUGGAGAAGAGGCAGGAGUUUCUGAAGCUUCGCAGGCAGCAGCAGAUCGAGAGGGAGCUGACUGGAUACCUGGAAUGGAUAUGCAAGGCAGAGGAGGUGAUGCUGGCAGAGGAAGACAAGCAUGCUGAAGAGAUGUCUCCUCUGGAUGGAGCGUGGUACAAGAGGAAACACAACAACCCAGUGUUAAAAAGAGCCAAGAAGAGCAGUAAUGACCUGAUCAACGCUGAGGAGGGCGAAGACCACUUCCCUGACAUCUCAUCUGUUGGGUCUCCGUUCAUACGGGCUGCUCCCCCAGGGUCUGCGUUCACCCGGGCUACUCCCCCAGGUUCUCCAUUCACCCGGGCCAGCCUGAAGAGCAGCAAGAACGACAGUGCUUCCUACUUCCGGAGGAAAGAGAAGCGGCUCCGCUUCACCAUCAGACGCCUGGUCAAGGCCCAGAGCUUCUACUGGACAGUCCUGUGUCUGGUGGGCCUCAACACACUGUGUGUGGCCAUUGUUCAUUAUGACCAGCCUGAGUGGCUCACCUAUGCGCUGUAUUUGGCAGAGUUUGUAUUCCUGGGCUUGUUUCUGACUGAGAUGUCCAUGAAAAUGUAUGGACUAGGACCUAGGAACUACUUCCAUUCCUCUUUCAAUUGUUUUGAUUUUGGAGUGAUUAUAGGCAGUAUUUUUGAGGUGAUCUGGGCAGUUGUGAAACCUGGGGCUUCCUACGGCAUCAGCGUCCUGCGAGCUCUCCGUCUGCUCAGGAUUUUCAAAGUCACUAAGUACUGGAACUCUCUGAGGAACCUGGUGGUCUCUUUACUCAACUCCAUGAAGUCCAUUAUCAGCCUGCUCUUCCUCCUCUUCCUCUUCAUCGUGGUGUUCGCCCUACUGGGCAUGCAGCUCUUUGGGGGAAUGUUUCAUUUUGAAGAGGAGACACCAACAACAAACUUCGACACCUUUCCAGCAGCCAUUCUCACAGUUUUCCAGAUUCUGACAGGAGAGGACUGGAAUGCGGUGAUGUAUCAUGGGAUAGAGUCCCAGGGGGGCGUUCGCUGGGGAAUGUUCUCCUCUAUCUACUUCAUCGUUCUCACCCUGUUUGGAAACUACACUCUGCUCAAUGUCUUCUUGGCCAUCGCUGUUGACAACCUUGCAAACGCACAGGAGCUCACAAAGGACGAGGAGGAGCAGGAGGUGGCCAUCACUAAGAAGAUGGCCCUCCAGAAGGUCAAGGAGGUGAAGGAGGUCAGCCCCAUUUCGGCAGCUAACAUCUCCAUCACAGCCAGAAGCAGUAUGGAGCAGCAGAAGUCUCUGAAGAUGAUGUCAGUGUGGGAGCAGCGCACCACUCAGCUGAGGAGACACAACCUGCGGGCCAGCAGUGAGGCCCUGUACAGCGAGCUGGAUCCUGAGGAGAGGCUACGCAUGUCCUCCGCCCUGCACAUCCGCCCUGACAUGAAGACCCACCUGGACCGGCCCCUGGUCGUGGAGCCCCACGAUGGCCCCGGCCCCAUGGGCUACCUCAAGCCCUGGACCCCUGAGGAGACAGAUAACCCUGGGGACCCAGCCGGCCCCCAGCCACGUAGGCGCCACCGGGACAGGGAGAGACCCAUCGACAAGGCCAAUGAGAUUGGAGAUUCAGGCAAAGAGGGUAGGCACCAUGUCCAUCACAGUCGCAGCAAGGACCCCAACGGGACUCGGUGCAAGGAGGGGAAGAGUGAGCGGUCACACAGCCGAGAGGGUGGCAGGAGGCACCACCAGCAGACCUCAGUGGACGAGGGAGGUGGAGGGGGAACUGGGACGGGAGAGAGAGAGCACCGCCACCACCACUCCCACAGACAGGCCAGAGAGGGUAAUGGCACUGUCAACAGCGGACGCAAGGAUGAGCGCAGGUCACGCCACAAAGAUGGCCGCUCGGGAGAGAUAUGCUCCAGGGGAGAGAACAGGGCCAAUGGGGAGAGGAGGAGACAGAAGACCCACAGUUACAGGGGCAAGUCCACACUGGAGGGAGAGGAGCACAGUGAGAGGGAGAGGGGGAAGGGCCACAGGGACAGAUAUGUGGAAUCUGAGGGCGACUCCAUGGUCACUAGCACCCAGCAGGACCCUGGAGAUCAGAGGUGGAGCACAGAGAUACCUGAAGACUCAGACAAACAGAGGAAUGUCAGACGGACAGGACGGACGGCCAUCCACAUCCCCCCUGUCACCAUCAUCUCCCCGCCUGGGGAGACCUCCCUUAUCCCCAUGAACAGUAUAGACUGUGAGACCGUACCUAUGAACAAGGAGAAGAAGACCCUGGAGGCGUUGAGUCGGACCGGACCCAGACCCAUCCUCUCCUAUAGCUCCAUGUUUGUGUUUGGCCAGACCAACAUGGUGCGGCGUCUGUGUCAUUACAUUGUGAGCCUGCGGUACUUUGAGAUGUGUAUCCUGGUAGUGAUAUCUAUGAGUAGCAUUGCAUUGGCUGCUGAGGACCCUGUCCAGGCCAACGCACCACGCAACAAUGUGCUCAAGUAUCUGGACUACGUCUUUACGGGAGUUUUCACAUUUGAGAUGGUGAUUAAGAUGGUUGACCUGGGCCUUCUGCUCCAUCCUGGUUCUUACUUCAGAGAUCUCUGGAACAUUCUGGACUUCAUUGUGGUCAGUGGAGCACUGGUGGCAUUUGCAUUUUCAGGGUCCAAAGGGAAGGACAUCAGCACCAUCAAGUCCCUCAGAGUUCUGCGAGUCUUACGGCCCCUCAAGACCAUCAAGCGCCUGCCAAAGCUGAAGGCUGUGUUUGACUGUGUGGUCAACUCCCUGAAGAACGUGUUCAACAUUCUCAUUGUCUACAUGCUCUUCAUGUUCAUCUUCGCUGUCAUCGCUGUGCAACUGUUCAAGGGGAAGUUCUUCUACUGCACCGAUGAGUCCAAGGCACUGGAGAAGGACUGCAGAGGUCAUUUCCUGGACUACGAUAAGGAUGAGGUGGCCGCCCAGCCUCGGGUGUGGAAGAAGUAUGAGUUCCACUAUGACAACGUGCUGUGGGCCUUCCUCACUCUCUUCACUGUGUCCACCGGAGAGGGCUGGCCCGAUGUUCUGAAGCACUCUGUGGACGCUACCUUUGAGGACCAGGGUCCCAGUCCAGGCUACCGUAUAGAGAUCUCCAUCUUCUACGUGGUCUACUUCGUGGUCUUUCCCUUCUUCUUCGUCAACAUCUUUGUGGCCUUGAUCAUCAUUACCUUCCAGGAGCAAGGGGACAAGGCCAUGUCAGAGUGCAGCCUGGAGAAAAACGAGAGGGCCUGCAUUGACUUCGCCAUCAACGCCAAGCCACUGACGCGUUACAUGCCAGAGAACGUGGAGUCCUUCCAGUACCGGAUGUGGAAGUUUGUGGUGUCACCCCCGUUUGAGUACGCCAUUAUGAUCAUGAUCGCCCUGAACACUGUGGUGCUCAUGAUGAAGUUCCAUGGAGCUCCAGACUUCUACGAGGCCAUGUUGAAGCACUUCAACAUGGUCUUCACUGCCCUCUUCUCUCUGGAGUGUAUUCUGAAGAUCAUCGCCUUCGGACCACUGAACUACCUGAAGGAUGCCUGGAACGUGUUUGACUUUGUGACCGUGCUGGGAAGUAUAACUGACAUUGUGGUCACAGAAAUCAAUACAACGGACCGGCUUUUGAACCUGAGUUUUCUGAGGCUGUUCAGAGCAGCUCGUCUCAUCAAACUACUGAGGCAAGGCUACACCAUCCGUAUCCUGCUGUGGACCUUCGUCCAGUCCUUUAAGGCCCUGCCCUAUGUUUGCCUUCUGAUAGCAAUGCUGUUCUUCAUCUAUGCCAUCAUCGGUAUGCAGGUGUUCGGAAACAUUGAGCUCAACGAGGACACAUCCAUCACUCACCACAACAACUUCCGCACUUUUCUUCAGGCUCUCAUGCUACUGUUCAGGAGUGCCACAGGGGAGGCGUGGCAUGAGAUCAUGCUGUCGUGUUUGAGUCACAGAGCCUGUGAUGAGAGGUCAGGCAACCUAGGGAAGGAGUGUGGCAGCGACUUUGCCUACUUCUACUUUGUGUCCUUCAUCUUCCUCUGCUCUUUCCUGAUGCUUAAUCUGUUUGUGGCUGUGAUCAUGGAUAACUUUGAAUACCUGACACGAGACUCUUCUAUACUGGGGCCUCAUCAUCUGGAUGAGUUCAUCCGUGUUUGGGCUGAGUACGACCCUGCUGCCUGUGGCCAUAUCAAGUACCUCGAUAUGUAUCAGAUACUCCUCCACAUGUCCCCACCCUUAGGUUUGGGAAAGAAAUGUCCGCCAAGAGUCGCCUACAAGCGGCUAGUCAAGAUGAACAUGCCCAUCGCUGAUGACAACACAGUCCACUUCACCUCUACACUCAUGGCCCUGAUCCGGACGGCUCUGGAGAUCAAACUGGCCUCAGGGAUGGUUGCCCAGCGUCUCUCUGAUGCUGAGCUGAAGAAAGAGCUCUCCCAGGUUUGGCCAAGCCUCUCACAGAAAAUGAUGGAUCUGUUGGUGACACCACACAAACCCAAUGAGCUUACUGUUGGGAAGGUGUAUGCAGCCCUGAUGAUCUUUGACUACUACAAGCAGAACCGAGCCAAGAGGCUCAAGGAACAGCAACAGCAGCAGCAGAAUGCUACUGGCUCCCAGGGGAAGGUGGGGGCUCUGUUUAAACCAAUACUGCCCCUGACUCACAAGCAGGAGAAAGUGAAGGAGAAGGCCAUGACCAACGUGGAGCCUCCCUGUGAGCUACUGCCUCAGGCCCAGUCUCAGGCCCCACCUAGACCCAGCUCCACCCUGCUCAACAACGUGGAGCCUCCCUGUGAGCUACUGCCUCAGCCCCAGUCUCAGGCCCCACCUAGACCCAGCUCCACCCUGCUCAACAACGUGGAGCCUCCCUGUGAGCUACUGCCUCAGCCCCAGUCUCAGGCCCUACCUAGACCCAGAUCCACCCUGCUCAACAACGUGGAGCCUCCCUGUGAGCUACUGCCUCAGCCCCAGUCUCAGGCCCUACCUAGACCCAGAUCCACCCUGCUCAACAACGUGGAGCCUCCCUGUGAGCUACUGCCUCAGCCCCAGUCUCAGGCCCUACCUAGACCCAGCUCCACCCUGCUCAACAACGGAGGCACACUGCCAGGCCAUGACGGCACCAUGAAACGAUCAUCCUCCUGGGUGUCAGAGAAGUCUAGAGAGGUCCACAGACCCAGGAAUAAGAGACCUGUCCUAAGGGGCCAGUCUGAGGAUGUCCCAAACCUAACCAUCCCCCAGGAGUCAGUGGAGAUGAGGAAGAUGGACACCAGUUGCAGCACAGUGCCUGGUCCUGGGUCUGGACUGGAGAGCCUGGAAAGAGCUGUGUCCAUGCCUCGCCUCAAUGCAGAGCUGCAGAGGAGCAAGUCACGCCACUCCCCGGGGACCCUGCUGGCACCUGUUCCUGACUGCAGCCCAGUGAAACGCUCUGCGUCCACCCACGCCCCCCAGCGCCCCCAGGAGGUGAACCUGCAUGAAUACACCCUGGAGAGGCCCAGCACCCAAGAAAGGCCUCACCAUCACCACCACCACCACCGCUGCCACCACCACCGAGAGAGGGACAAGAAGCAGCGGUCACUGGACAGGACGCCAAGCACCAUUGGUGCACCAGGAGACCCGGCUGCAGAGCCCUCAUCUAGAGACAGGGUGCAGGACCGCGGCCGCUCCCAUGAGAGGAAGAACCACUCGACGGCAGGGGAGAAGCAGCGCUACUACUCUUGUGAUCGCUACAGCAGCAGGGAACACUGCCACACCACCAAGUCUGCCACCACCAGCUGUGCCACUUCCCCAAGCGAGGGUAGUGGUUCGGUUAAAGGCAGCACAGUGAUGUUGACCUCAGGGGCUAUCACACCUAGCCGUGGACGCAGGCAACUCCCACAGACCCCCCUGACCCCCGGCCCCGGGGUGACGUUCAAGACUGCAAACUCCUCCCCUGUGCACUUUGUGUCUGCCCAGUGUAGCAGAGGCCUGCCCACCCUGAGUCCUGGCCGGCUGAGCCGUGGGCUGUCUGAGCACAAUGCCCUGCUGCAUAGUGGCACCUCUCACAUCCCCUCCCCCAUCACCCGCAUCAGCUCUGAGCCCUUCCUGGGCUAUAGUCACAGUGACCCCCAGGGCCAGGGUAGCCCGUACUGCAACCUUCGGGACGAGCUGAUGAGCCCUUAUGCUGCCAGAGCACGCUCCCCUCGGACAGCACGUCCUCAAAUGAGGCCGGGGGCCCUCCACCUGCCUCCACCACCCCAGAAGAGAUGUGUGGUGCCCAACGAAUGCCACUUUACCUUUGGUGGUAAUGGCAACGCCAGCCUGGGCUCUGACUCUGGUGCCAGGCCACACAGGUACUAUCACGAGGCAGAGGAGGAUGAAUGGUGCUAGCAUGGCUUUGAACAGAUGUUUUUAAUGCAUUUUGAGGAAUCGUGAUGAGUUUUAUCAUCUUUUUUGAAGGCUUUAGUUUACACGGUUGCUGUAUGAUAAGCUAAUUAUGGGAAAUAAAUCAUGGAGGGGUGGAAUUCAUUUGAAUGUGAACAAAACAGCAGCAUUUUUAGGACCUGGAUGAAUAUGAAAGUGGAUGUGGAUUUGGUGAAUUGUUGGUAAUUCAGUUGGAUCUGACCAACUGUAAGGUGUCUAAUGCACUGAAGACAAUGGCAUUUUUCAUUGAGGGCACUUUUGCUUUGCUUCUUUAUCAAAUGUAAUUAUUUUUCAGUCUUGAUAUUGACCCAGAUAGUAGCAUAAGAAACCCUCCUACAGGUACACAGAGUAGAGAUGGGUGAGCAGCAGCCCUCUUUGCUGUCUCUGCGAUGAGCAGAGUGAUCGGCUCAAUGGAAAGUCCCAUGACAAUACCUAGACACUGUUAAGCAAGUGUAAUAACACAUGAUUAGGAAAUACUUAUUGAAACUUCCCUCAAACACACUGGAAAAUAUCCUAAACAGCUAUUGCUUUGCUUUGGGACUCUUACUAUUCGGUAAUAUAAAGAGAUUUACAGUAGCCCAAUCCAUUAUAUAACAUUCCCUUCCUGUCAGAAGAUACAGCCUGAUAGAGCAGAGGGAUCGAUGCUGUCAUUCCAGACAAUGAUUUUUGAUUUGCUGCUGUUGAACCAUCAAACUUCACUACCACUACUAGAGAGAAAUUAGGAAUGGAAAUGAAAUGUUAUUUGUUUUAUAUAAAACUAUUGUAGAUGUUAUCUUUUCACUGUCUGCAUUUUCUGUAUGAUGUAAAAAACACUUAGUUUAUGUAAAUUGCUUACAGUUUGUCAUAAUUUCAGGUCUAAUGUUUCUUACAUACUCUCUGCUUCCAAUGUUUAAUACAAAGUGCCUAUCCUUUUUAGAUAUACUGUAGUAAAGAUGCAAAGUCAACCGUUUUUGGAAAGCAUCAACACUUAAGCAGUUUGUUCAAUAGGCUAGUUCUGCAGGAGAACAAGAUGUACAGCCAGCCUUAUCUGAGAAACGCUAACUUUUAUUUGAGAAAAAAAAUAACAUUUGAAUGGAAAUGACUAACUACCUUAUGAUUGCUGAUAUUUUUCUUGUUUAAUUGUCUUUUUGGUAAAUAUAUUUAAUCAAUGUGAGGGGUACAAUGAAAGCUAGUGCAAAAGCAUAUAUCAUGAACACGUAACAAACAUGCAUUAAUUACAUUAGUAGCAUAUCAGUCCAGUUGGAAAGACAUUAUCAGAGUAACACAACUGCAUGUUUAAAUCAUAAACCUGGUUGACCACAGUCAUGAAGAUGUAGUGGUGUGUAUUUAUUUUCCUUGUGAGGAUACUCAACUGCGAUAGCAUUGCAACCUCUGUAUUGCCUUCUGUUUCAAUGUUAGAACUGCAGACUCAGUAAAGAACAGAAGGAAUCUGAUGAGAAACAGUGUGCACUUUCUGGAUGGAUGUUCUUGAGAAGCAACGAUGAAUACAGAUCCCUGAUGAGAGAGUGUGCUGAGUUGGGGCCCUAGCACCCUCUGUGUCUCUCAAUUGGCUCAGACCCCUCUGUCGUAAAGGUUUAAGUCUCCCCAUUGGCUCGGAGCCACGUGACUAAGAUCUGCCCCCCCGAUCUAAGCUUCCAUUUUUUUAAGAAGAGGAUUUCCCAGCUGUCAGAUUAUAAUAUAAAUCUGGUUCACACCUUCUAUCUUUCUAUCUACCCAUCCCAUGAUAACCGCUGAUGUUGAUGAUUCACAUAUUCUGUAGCUCAGUUGGUAGAGCAUGGCGCUUGUAACGCCAGGGUAGUGGGUUCGAUCCCCGGGACCACCCAUACGUAGAAUGUAUGCACACAUGACUGUAAGUCGCUUUGGAUAAAAGCGUCUGCUAAAUGGCAUAUAUUAUUAUUAUUAUAUUAAAAUGCUUCAGAUAUUAUACAUGGAUAGUAAUAUAAUAUCGUGGAAAAUGUUGCCCUGGGAUGGAUGAUCUAAUUCUUGGAUAGCUAAAAGUUUCUGCUCUUUUCUAUUCUACAGUACAUUGGGGGUGGAAUGUAACCAGGUAUGCUGUAUAAAGUAUGCUCUACUCCAGUGAAGGUGUUGCUCAAUUAUUGAUAGUAGCGGAGAUACUGUAGGUUGGACCAGGUGUCGCCAUGACCACACACUCGUCUGGGUUCUGUACUGCAUAUUUCCCAGAAGCAGGGUUUUGAUGACAGUGAAAGUAGGGCUAUGCAACAAGACACUAAGGUCAUAUACUUCAUCCAUUCUGUAGCUUUACCUGCUGAGAUCUCCACAUUCAUUCUUCAGCAUGAUUGUGACCAAAUGUUUUAUAUAAAACGUUGUUUUUUUUAAAUGAUAAAAAUGUAUUUAAAAAUGCAUUAGGCACAACGAGUAAAGCGGAAAUUCAUAAAGUAUUUAGAAAUACAGCAACUUCUAUAUAUUUGCAUGCAUACAAUUUGCCCAUUUUGAUGAUGUCAAGAGGUAAACCUGUGUCUUAAACAGUAAGUGAACAAUGUUAUGGUUAUUUCUAUCUGUUCCGUGUGAGGUCACCUGAGAGGGGUGAUCGCUUCAGUGGAGGGUGUUCAGAAAUAUUGAAUACACUGUAAUGGUUUUAUUUUGUAUAAGACAGGAACAAAUUCUCCACAUUAUUGUCCAGAUACAUUAAUUGAUUACCCCUUGACAUGUUGCCAUAGUGGGUCAAAAACAUACAUAUACAAUCAGUCUCUUCCUUCAUCUCUGUGGCCUCUUGUAUUAUUUAUUUCGUAAGAAACAUAUCCACACCCUAGUCUCUAACAUUUACAUUUAAGUCAUUUAGCAGACACGUUGGUUGCCAAACAUUGAACUGUUCCUAUUUCUCGUUCUGCAUACCAACUGCAGUGUACAUGUGGCUUCUGGAGAAAAUAAUGUUUGCAUGUUCUGACAAUGUAUGUGCAUGUCCUUCUGUAGCUCAGUUGGUAGAGCAUGGCGCUUGUAACGCCAGGGUAGUGGGUUUGAUCCCCGGGACCACCCAUACGUAGAAUGUAUGCACACAUGACUGUAAGUCGCUUUGGAUAAAAGCGUCUGCUAAAUGGCAUAUAUUAUUAUAUUAUUAUUAUUAAAUCUUGGUACUUUUUGAUGCCAUCUGUUCAUUUCUUGUUAAUUUUUAUUGAUCUUUGAUAUAAACUGUGGGGUUUGUUGGAGAAAAAAAAACUUUAUAUAAAAACAGUAUUGAACAAUGUUGAUAGUUCCAGCCAUGCAACAGAGCUGGAACAUUAUUUGGGUCUUGAAAGUGAGAUGUUUGUUGCCUGAUUAUGUUUAUUGGCCAGACUUAGAAUUUCUACAUUUACAUUUUGUAUGCAACCAAGUUCCUUGAAUUAAAAAAAUAA